AUGCUAAAGACGAGGGGAGUUUCGUUUAGUAACGAGGAAGCGGCGGCGGCACAAUUCAAGAUCGAUUCGAGCGGUGAGCUGUUCUGCGAAGCAAAUUGGGCUUUCGAUGUGAGCGAGACGCGGAGGUCGCGGCGGGGUUCCAGCGGAGAGAAGGAAGCUAAUGGCUUCGGGUUCCCCGUUGUUGGCGAGCCGAUGGUGAUGAGUACAAUGAUGAAGAUAAUACUUUGGUGUUGUUGGGGAUUGAUUGUGUUGCAAUUUUCUGAUUCGGAGCCUUUGUUCAGCACUUUCUUUCCUGGAAGUGAACUACCUUCGUGGUUCGUUCAUGAAGUCGUUGGAUCUAUGUCAGAGGUCAUAAUGCCUCCACAUUGGCACGACAAUGGGCUUGCGGAUCAAGCUUUAUGUGCUGUUAUCUCAUUUCCAGACUCCAGACUCCCAAGAACAAAUCAAACCAUUGUCAACGAAAUGUACAUUCAAGCUAGAAUUGGAAGUUCGAAUAAUGAGGAAAAUAUUGCAUCAGAGCAUGUCUUUAUAGGGUAUAUGAGUUGUUCGAAGAUCUUUAAACGUCUUGAAAGCCAGCAUUUUAUCAGCUCUGAUCCUACGAAGUCAUCCACUUUAUCUAGUAACUGUAGUCCUACCACGGCCUCCCUUCAAUUCAUGGUCACAGAUGGUACGAGCAAGAUACCAAGGCUUGAGGUGCUCAAGUGUGGCUUAAGGUUAUUUAGAGGUGGUGGGAGCAGUGGAGGGUUUUUAAAGAAGCUGGAAGUAAAGGAAGUUGAACAGAAUCUAAGUGCACAAAAGUUAUCAGAAAAUCGGACGAGUGAAUCAGGUACCACUACAGAGGUUGCUGAAAAUGGUAACAAUGCUGAACAGAGCUCAGAGACGGUUACCACAGAGGUUACGGCUUCACCAGAAAAUGCUAACAAUGCAUGA